GAACUAUGGGAAAGAAACAAGUCACAUGGUAGCCCCUCUAGGGAAUCUGGGGAGGAAUAUGAAUCUGGAUCUGGGUCAAAGAGUAAGGAAAGGAAAGGUCAUGGUGGUUUGUCACAUGGACUAGAAACUAGUGAACAUGAAUCAAACUCUACACAGUCAAGAAAGAGUGGAGGACAAAAUCUUGGGUCUAGCUCUGAAGGUUCAGGAGACAGUAGGAGACAAAGUCAUGCAUGUGGUUAUAGUAAUUCAGGUGGGUGUGGAAGGCCACAAAAUGCCUCUAGCUCUUGUCAGACAAGUAGAUUUAAAGGGCAAGGAAAUGCAUCUAGCUGUACUCAGUCAGCUUGUCGAUCAGGAAGUAGUGGAGGGCAAGGUCAUAGAUGUGUCUCAGGAGGGCAGUCCUAUGGUCAAUCUGAGCCUAGUUCCUGCAGCCAGUCUUAUAGUCAAAGAAGACAUGGAUCUAAAGAAUGUGGUCAACCACACAACUGUGGAGGACAACAGGGAAGAGGCUCAAAUCAAUCCUCUUGCUGUGCACAAUAUGACUCUGGAACAAGUCAGUCUUCUAGCUGUGGUCAACAUAGAUCUGGUUCUUGUGGACAGUAUUCAAACUCUCAUCAAAAGGGGUCUGGUCCAAAUGAAUUUUCCAAAUGUGGUCAGCAUGGUUCUGGUUCAGGUCAGUCCUGUAGCUAUGAACAACAUGGAACAGGCUCCAGUCAGUCCUCUGGUUUUGGGUAUCAUGGCUCUGGCACAGGUCAGUCUUGCUGUGGCCAGUGUGAGUCUGGCUCAAGUCAGUCCUCUGGCUAUGGUCAACAUAGCUCAGGUCAUUCCUCUGGCUUCGGGCAGGGUUCAGGCACAAAUCAGUCCUCUGGCUUCGGGCAGCACGGGUCUGGCUCGGGCCAGUCCUCUGGCUUCGGGCAGCACGGGUCUGGCUCGGGCCAGUCCUCUGGCUUCGGGCAGCACGGGUCUGGCUCGGGCCAGUCCUCUGGCUUCGGGCAGCAAGGGUCUGGCUUGGGUCAGUCCUCUGGCUAUGGUCAACAUAGCUCAGGUCAUUCAUCUGGCUUCGGGCAGCACAGUUCAGGCACAAAUCAGUCCUCUGGCUUUGGGCAGCAUGGGUCUGGCUCUGGGCAGUCUUCUGGCUUUGGGCAGCAUGGGUCUGGCUCGGGCCAGUCCUCUGGCUAUGGUCAACAUAGCUCAGGUCAGUCCUCUGGCUUCGGACAGCACAGUUCAGGCACAAAUCAGUCCUCUGGCUUCGGACAGCACGGGUCUGGCUCGGGCCAGUCCUCUGGCUUCGGGCAGCACGGGACUGGCUCGGGCCAGUCCUCUGGCUUCGGGCAGCACGGGUCUGGCUCGGGCCAGUCCUCUGGCUUCGGGCAGCACGGGACUGGCUCGGGCCAGUCCUCUGGCUUCGGGCAGCACGGGUCUGGCUCGGGCCAGUCCUCUGGCUUCGGGCAGCACGGGUCUGGCUCGGGCCAGUCCUCUGGCUUCGGGCAGCACGGGUCUGGCUCGGGCCAGUCCUCUGGCUUCGGGCAGCACGGGUCUGGCUCGGGCCAGUCCUCUGGCUUCGGGCAGCACGGGUCUGGCUCGGGCCAGUCCUCUGGCUUCGGGCAGCACGGGUCUGGCUCGGGCCAGUCCUCUGGCUUCGGGCAGCACGAGUCUGGCUCUGGCCACUUCUCUGGCUAUGGUCAACAUAGCUCAGGUCAUUCCUCUGGCUUCGGGCAGCACAGUUCAGGCACAAAUCAGUCCUCUGGCUUUGGGCAGCAUGGGUCUGGCUCGGGCCAGUCCUCUGGCUUCGGGCAGCACGAGUCUGUCUCCGGCCAGUCCUCUGGCUAUGGUCAACAUAGCUCAGGUCAUUCCUCUGGCUUCGGGCAGCACAGUUCAGGCACAAAUCAGUCCUCUGGCUUUGGGCAGCAUGGGUCUGGCUCGGGCCAGUCCUCUGGCUUCGGGCAGCACGGGUCUGGCUCGGGCCAGUCCUCUGGCUUCGGGCAGCACGGGUCUGGCUCGGGCCAGUCCUCUGGCUUCGGGCAGCACGAGUCUGUCUCCGGCCAGUCCUCUGGCUAUGGUCAACAUAGCUCAGGUCAUUCCUCUGGCUUCGGGCAGCACAGUUCAGGCACAAAUCAGUCCUCUGGCUUCGGGCAGCAAGGGUCUGGUUCGGGCCAGUCCUCUGGCUUCGGGCAGCACGAGUCUGUCUCCGGCCAGUCCUCUGGCUAUGGUCAACAUAGCUCAGGUCAUUCCUCUGGCUUCGGGCAGCACAGUUCAGGCACGAAUCAGUCCUCUGGCUUCGGGCAGCACGGGUCUGGCUCGGGCCAGUCCUCUGGCUUCGGGCAGCAGGGGUCUGGCUCGGGCCAGUCCUCUGGCUUCGGGCAGCAAGGGUCUGGCUCGGGCCAGUCCUCUGGCUUCGGGCAGCACGGGUCUGGCUCGGUCCAGUCCUCUGGCUUCGGGCAGCACGGGUCUGGCUCGGGCCAGUCCUCUGGCUUCGGGCAGCACGGGUCUGGCUCGGGCCAGUCCUCUGGCUUCGGGCAGCACGAGUCUGGCUCUGGCCACUUCUCUGGCUAUGGUCAACAUAGCUCAGGUCAUUCCUCUGGCUUCGGGCAGCACAGUUCAGGCACAAAUCAGUUCUCUGGCUUUGGGCAGCAUGGGUCUGGCUCGGGCCAGUCCUCUGGCUUUGGGCAGCAUGGGUCUGGCUCGGGCCAGUCCUCUGGCUUCGGGCAGCAAGGGUCUGGUUCGGGCCAGUCCUCUGGCUUCGGGCAGCACAAGUCUGUCUCCGGCCAGUCCUCUGGCUAUGGUCAACAUAGCUCAGGUCAUUCCUCUGGCUUCGGGCAGCACAGUUCAGGCACAAAUCAGUCCUCUGGCUUCGGGCAGCAUGGGUCUGGCUUGGGCCAGUCUUCUGGCUUCGGGCAGCAUGGGUCUCACUCAGGUCAGUCCUCUGGCUUCGGGCAGCACAGGUAUGGUUUGGGCAAGUCUCAUUCUGGUCAACAUGGGUCAGGCUCAGGUCAGUCUUCGAGUUACAGUCAACAUGAGUUUCAUUCAGGUAAAUCCUCUGGUCAUGACCAAAAGGGAUCUAGGAGAAGUGAAUAUAUUCCCAGAGGACAGGGAGAAAUCACACAUUCAAAAUCAAGUGUAACUAGAAGACGAAGUGGGAGUCAGACCAGUGACACUCAAGAAUACUCAGAAGAUUCAAACAGAUACUCAGGAUCCAUACAGGGACGUGCUGGAUCUCAACACGGAGAAUCGGGAUCCACAAGGCAAGAGAGACAGGGAACUGCUCAUG